AUGAAGCCCAUUCAGACAGCCAUGAUCGUGCUGGCCACGAUGACAGGCGUUCAAUCAGCGCCUGCAGCUGACGCCAACAUCGUCAUCCCGGACUCGAGUAUGAGGUCCGAGUAUCACACAUCUUGGGUCGAAGACAGCACCGUGAGUUCUCCUAGAAGAAGCAGAUUGACUGUUUCCAACUCUAACCCAGAGCACAACAGAGGCCGUGGCUUCGGAAACGAGCCAGGGGCAAGGGCGAUCUCUGCGAUCCUGGAAAAGGCCAGUGUGUCACUGGUCUUGGUUGUUAUGGAUGCAGCAAUCAUCAGCCCGUAUGCCAGCGGGGCCCAGGCUCGAAUGAGUGUUGUCACCGGGAUAAUCUGA